AUGAAUAAAGAAGAAUAUCUUGGUUUGUCUGUCGACUAAUGAUAUAUCUUCUUAAUUAUCUUCCAUUUUAAUAACAAAGCAAAAAUCUAACCAAAACCAGAACAGGUGUUUGUGUCUUAAGAGCGUUUGUACAUGAUGUUAAAGUCGAUUGUCUUUAGUUCUGGUUCAGUUCCAGUCCUGGUGGAUGCUACAGAUAUUCAUGGUACGAGGGAACCCAGAUUUGGCUCAGUGGUUUGUUGCUCUUCACGAAACAGCGCUUAUAAUGUUCCAAAGCUUGAGCCUUUUAGCCGAACCAAGUUCGAAAGAGCCGUUAAAGAUCUGCCCUUGAUCGAAAAAUCUGAGAACGAUCUUGCGGAUUAUUGUUCAACGCUUGAAGGAGAUGAUUCCUACAGCUGCUGGAGAGCUUAUUUUGAGCUUAAAGAUCUGGAAAGGGAAGCGCCAAAAGAAGAUGUUGAGAAACUGAUUCUGCAAGCGGGUGGUGUAAAAUCCUUGAUUGGAUACUUACAUGGGGUUUCAUCGAUCCACAAGGGAAAGCGUAAUGAAUUUUUUUCGGCAAAGCCAUCGAGUGCUGAAAAAGAGGGAAGUAGACAAUGUCCUGUGCCGGAUGGAUUGCCCAAAUCAUUGGAAGAGCUAGAGGAAGAAGAGAGAGGCAGAAUGCCAGAUUCUCCUUACACCAGAUUGCUUAGAAAUAAGGGAAGGUUCCCAGCUUGGUAUUCCCCUGCUCCCGACCAUGAAACAGAUUGAUAAAUUAGCUAGAGCUUAUGCAAAUUAAGACAGAGGAGUUCAUCGAACUUUUGUUCCUGUUUGGUUCUUUGUAGAUGUGUUGUGAAUUGGGUGUUUAUAGAGUUGAGCUUUGAUUACAUUGUUUAUAGCAAAGUAAUUUCAUGGUAGAGAUAUUGGGUUCCUAGAAUGGUUGUAUAAGCCGUGUGAAGUUGUUUUGUUAAUAACAUUGAAAGCUCCUCUUCCAAGUAUUAAGAAAAUACUUCUAGUGAGUUUUGGUUA